AUGCACUUUGCUUCGAUAUCCUCUUCGUCCUCUUCCAUUUCCGACGGCGAGCCUGAACGCGGUCGCUCAAGACUGGAACGUCCCCGAAUGGCCAGCCGAAAACCCAGUGCGUCGAUCCUCGUGCCACGAGACCACCCCGAGAUCGAGAUUGAGGAGGAGGAGUUUCCUCCAGAUGAUGCUCGUGCGAUGAGUCCUCGACGUGACUCCGCGGAUGUCGAGCGUCUGGGAAAGGAAGCUCGUCAGACCUUACAAGAACAAGCCAAAACCCUACAGUUAUCUCUUCAAGCCCUAGCGCAACGAAUCGAAGAGGUCAAGAAUGAUCACGACAAACUAGAAAGCGAGAACCGAUAUUUGCAAGACUACAUUGGCAGCUUAACACAAACCAUAUCAAAAUCCGAGAUCACAUCAACCACCGGGGGGAAAUCGAAGAAGAAUCGAAAGUAG